UCAACUCCGACACCGGAGCGGUUAGUUAGUUAGUGAGGGAAGUGGGACUUAUCGGCUCUCUCUCAAACCCCCCCUCUCUCUCUCUCUCUGUCUCCCCUCUGCAGUGUUUGAAGAGAUUUCUGUUCUGAGCACACAGACUGCUUUUCUUGACAAUGCUCCGAGACGAACAGUGAGCCGGGAAUGCCGCGCAACUACAAUGCUGCAGAGACAUGGACUUGCCUCCCGGACUAGGGAGUUUCCUGGAUCUGCGGCUUGCAGUGGAAGUGAUACAGUGAUUUCUGGCAGAUUUCCCCACACCACAAUGGAUGAAUUUCAUCCCUUUAUCGAAGCACUUCUCCCUCAUGUCCGUGCUUUCUCCUACACAUGGUUCAACCUGCAGGCUCGCAAGCGCAAAUACUUUAAGAAGCAUGAGAAACGCAUGUCCAAGGAUGAAGAGAGGGUGGUCAAGGAUGAACUCCUUGGAGAGAAGCCUGAAAUCAAACAGAAGUGGGCGUCCCGGCUCUUGGCAAAACUGCGGAAAGAUAUCCGGCCUGAAUUCCGGGAGGAUUUCGUGCUGACCAUCACCGGCAAGAAGGCUCCUUGCUGUGUCCUUUCUAACCCUGACCAGAAAGGCAAAAUUCGGCGGAUCGACUGCUUGAGGCAAGCUGACAAGGUCUGGAGGUUAGACCUGGUAAUGGUCAUAUUGUUCAAAGGGACUCCCUUAGAAAGUACUGAUGGUGAACGCCUGGUCAAAUCACCUCAGUGCAGUAACCAAGGCCUGUGCGUCCAACCACACCAUAUUGGAGUUUCUGUAAAGGAACUUGACUUAUAUUUGGCCUAUUUUGUACACAACCCAGAGUCAGGACAAUCUGAAAGCUCGAACCAGCAAGGAGACGCAGAUGUCAAACCACCACCCAAUGGGCAUUUGAAUUUCCAAGACUGUUUUAUUACAUCUGGAGUUUUUAGCGUUUCUGAACUUGUGAGAGUGUCGCAAACCCCAGUUGCUGCUGCCACGGGCCCCAGCUUCAAUCUGGCUGACCUGGAGAGUCCAGGCUACUACAGCAUUAACCAGGUUCCCCUGGGCAGGAGGACCAUCACCACCCCACCCUCCACCAGCUCCACCAAGCGGCACAAAUCCAUCGAGGAUAGUGAAAUGGAGAGCCCGGUGGAUGAAGUCUUUUACUCCAGUACAGGCCGAUCCCCAGCUGCGGGCAGCAGUCAGAGUGGAGGAUGGCCUAAUGAUGUCGACACCGGUAUGACAUCACCCACUUCCUUAAAGAAGUCAACGAAACAUGAGUUUGGCAGUGGAACACCUUCACAAACAGUCUCCUCGCGGAUGGCAUUCACCCAUCACCCAUUGCCCGUGAUAGCAGGUACCAGACCAGGGAGCCCUCGAGCACCGGCCUCCGCUAUCCAUUUCCCGCCGUCCUCCAUCAUCCAGCAGCCAAGCCCCUACUUUACCCACCCAACUAUCCGCUACCAUCACCAUGCUAGCCAAGACCCUCUGAAGGAGUUUGUCCAGCUGAUCUGCUCCGACAGUUCCAGUCAGGCCACAGGACAGGUGGGGUACCUGAAUCCAAACGGUGGCAGCCAGGGCAAAGUUGCGGGGUCUUUUCUGCUGCCGCCACCACCCCCAAUGGCCAGACCCGUCCCCCUUGCAAUGUCUGACACAAAAUCAACCAGUGCGUCCCCAGAGGGAGGAGCCACAUCACCUACAUCACCGUCAUAUUCAACGCCCAGCUCCUCCUCUGCAAACCGGUUUGUCAGUAUUGGACCACGAGAUGGGAACUUUGUAAAUAUCCCGCAGCAGUCACAGUCUUGGUUCCUCUGAUAGUUGCGAUCCUGUCCCAAUGAGCAGCGACAAGACCAUCUGAUACCUUCCUUGACACAAGUAAAAAUUGACAGAGAGAGAGAGAGAGAGAGAGAGAGAGAAAGAAAGAGAGAAAGAGGGGGGAGGGAAACGGCAUCAUCGCUGAACACUGGGAACAGAAACAACAACCAUCUGAGAUGACUCAGACACGUUCGAGGAAGGAAACAAAAAUAUACAAACCAGUUCAGAAUGAUCUCUCCAACCAUAUAGGAAUCGAUUUUUCCACUCAAAUUGGCAACCAAUACCGUCACACAUUGUGCAGUGUAACGUGGCUUUGAGUUUGGUGGGAGCAUCUCACAUUUGCAUUUUAUAAGGACCGUGAUUUUAACCUGUUUAACCAGUAUUAAAAGUAAAGGGUAAAGGUUACAGUGGACUCAUAGCACACCAGAAAGAUGGUACACAAUCAACCCAGAAUUGACGUUUUUUUUUAAAAAGGAAAACACUACAAUCUGCAAUGCAAAUGCGACUAUUAUCUUUAUAAGUGCCUCGUUCAGUAUACAUCAAAUGCAUUAAAGGCUUCAUAAAUGUAUUCAAAUAUUUAUAAAUAUAUAGAAACUAUACAAGAAUAGACAAUUAGUUAUUCCAGCCCCAAUUAUCCCACCGAACUGUGCUACAGUCUCUCAAAAUGUAUCCUAUAUUGGACUGCCUUAACAAUUAAAUCUAAAAGUGACUGGAUUUUUGGCCGUUUCCCCCACACUGUGCAGUUGAGGUGAUGUCCAGCAGGGGGCGGUGAAAGUAACCCUCUCAAUGACAUGCCCUUAAUCUCAGUGAGACUCUGGAAAGGGGGUGGAGGGCUCAGGUAGGAACCAGCUAGUCUCACGACCAGUGGAGGACUCAAUGGUUCUAGUUGUUGCAAGCGCUGAUCUUUCACCUUCCCCACAUUUCCACCUCUCUCCGUACCACUAGAAACUCAAGUAGGACAUUCAACACCAAUAGUCCUUCCUGCCACGCCAGCCAUUGCUGGCCCUUAGUAGCAGUGGGCAGAGCUGCAUAUAUAGGCAGGUGAUAGCUAUAUCACUUCCACUGCCCAUUGCCCAAGCAGAAAGAAGCCUUGUCCCAGUUUGGCCACUGAGGCUAUCUGCUUAACGGAAGGGGGUCGAAGAGCCUUCAAAGGGGUGUUGGGGGAAUGGGGGCGAACGCUGUGGAAAGUGUAACAAGAAAGGCAAAGGGGGUUGGAGUGGAGCAAAGAUAACAGAGAGAUCAGGCACCAGCCCCUAAGAUUACCUCCCCCCCCACCCCGUAGUGGAACACACAGGUGUGGACAGAUGGACAGGUUUCAAGCUAGCAAUCUUUUUCUCUUUCCCACCCCCUCCUCAGUGUCUUCCCUUAAGUCCUUAAGGUGUAAAUGAUCCUUCCACCAAAUGGAAAGCUGAGUGGUACGAGUCCACAAUGACUGGGUAAACUGUACACAUGGAGCUCUGUGAAGGAAGAAUGCUCAUUGAUGGAAAUCCUGCACCUGUCCAAAUUCACUCACUCUGCUCCCAAAAAGGGUUGCUCAUAUUUUCCAUCCCGGACCUGAUCGCAAGUCAUCAUUGAUCAGGAUUGAGAUGUCAAAACAGAGAGGGACAUGAAGACAUGUUUAACAGAAUGGGUAGGAGGGGGUGGCCAAAGGAGAGAGAGGGACACAGAGAGAGACAGAGAAAAAGGAGGUGUCAGUUUUAUACAAGGUCCGAUUCUUCAGCACCUCCUAACAUUGUGUGAGCGGCUGGAGGAACGAACCUGGAGUUGAUAUAUGUCCUCUCUGAGGUGCAAGCUACCAAUCAGCUGCAUGGUAUGGACUCCAUUACAUCCCUCCCCUAGAUUGGCUGGUGGGGAUGGUGAUAAAGGAGGG